AUGGAAGUCUCGUCAGAAAACUUCUGGCGGCAGCUGCCGAAGAUUCUGCUCUCAAUCGCGAAGUCUCGAUACAUCGCCAUUGACGUCGAGAUGACCGGCAUCAUGGACAAGGGCUCGGAAAACAGACACGACAACCUAACCAACCAGCAGACCUAUGAAUCGGCCAAGAACAUUGCAUCCAAGUUCAACGUCUUCGAACUGGGGAUCACCUGUGUUGAAAAAUUAUCCGCAGAUGGCACAUACAAGACCGAGACCUACAGCUUCACUGUCAGUCCCUACCUCCAUACGGAAACACGGGCUGAUGAAACAUUCGUCAAAGGCUUGGACAGGAGCCUUUCUGUGUCAUAUAACACUCUCAAGUUUCUUCGAUCGGAAGGCAUCCGGCUGGAAAAGAUCUUUGAAGACUGCGUUCCGUACCUCAGCCGCGAAGAGGCCCGCUUGGCAACUCGACAGAUGGAGCGCCGACAAGAGCCUUGGGACGCCAGAGAUCAUGGAUACAACGAGCAUGACGAAUGUCUGACUACGUUCUCCAUUUACGCCCAUAAUACGAUUGUUCGGGAGCUUGUGCCACAAAUGGGUUGCCGUCUUUGGAACCAUGGCACGACCGUGAUCAUCUCUCAGCGGGACGAUGGACAAGAAGCCAAAAGACGCGAGUCUUUAGAGGACGAUCUCAACGCAUCGUUGAGCAAGUACACAGGAAUUCGACUGAUUAUCGAAGCCCUUGUCGGCGGCAAGUUUGCCGACCUGAUUAACCCCGACCUAAUUGUCGAAGCCAUGUCUGGCUGGCCUGGCGAAGCACAUGCCUUUUGUCGUGAGGUUCAUGAUUUCAUCCACCCUACGUCAUCAGAACAGUCGGAAGGACCUUCAGAGGGCGAAGUUGCUGAUCGCUACUGUCACUUGUGCUGCACAUCUCACGACCCUGGCACAGGCUGCCUUAGUACCGGCCGGCCCGGGACUGACUCUUCCCCUCUCCAUAACGUCCGCUCACAGACCACCGAUACUCAAGGAGCUCACUCGGCUAGCCACAGCGGCGGAUCUUCAAGCAGUCUGGAGGGAGUGGCCGAUGGCGAGGGCGAAAAGGGCGACACCGGUACCCGGCAUAUCAUGGCUGGGACAUCCAGCUGGUAUGACAGCUGGUAUGAGCCGACUUUUCGGGACGACCUUUGUCAAGAUCUCGAGGAACUAUCCACUGAAACACUCAAGAACGAAGUAGCAGAUGCCCUCAAGGAGCUGGAGGAUUUUGUUCGAAGAUACGAGCCAAUUAUCAUUGGACACAACCAAUUCAUGGACCUUUUGUUCCUUUACAACACCUUCAUCGACGACCUCCCUGAUACUUUGGAUGAGUUCCGGGUAAAGAUACACAAACUAUUUCCAUUCAUCAUAGACACGAAGCUGUUGGCCAUCAAUGACGACACGAUUGAGGGCGAAGACCCAUUGAUGGAUCUAUACAACAGGUUCGAUGGCAACAGAACGCAGCCAAGCAUCCAUUGGGAUGCAGCUUAUGGCUAUGGACGUCGUGGAACAGCCCAUCAGGCUGGCUUCGAUAGCCACAUGACGGCAGCUGUUUUUCUGCGAAUUGCCUACAAACUCGCCCGCGAGGAAUUGGCCAGGCUCGAGGGCCGAGGCGUCUCAUACGAGAGCAAAGUGAAGAGAUUGUACGACAGAGAAUGGCUGUCAGCCGUUGGAUACGAUUCACAAUUCCUGGGUUACCCGCAAGACUUCCACGUUAACACACGGAGAGAUUAUAAUGCCCGAGAGGAGCACGUGGGUCGACUCAGUUGGCGGAUGAAGAUAUUUGACGGCAUUCGCAACCGGGUCCGGAUCGCCCCCCGCAAGACAAUUCACGUAGGAAGAGAUUACUGAGUCGCGCUGGCGACAGCGCGUGAUUGCCUUUGGAUUGGAGAGUUUGCCGACCGUGCCAACGCGAAAUCGCGUCUUGGGUUGUUGGUGGUGGCACUGGUCUCAUGAGCAGGGAGACGCGUUUGUGAGCAGGACAAUGAAUUUUGCACUGUCGUUGAUGGAUGACCCUUGGUGGAUUUCUGGAGACGCCCCGCAAAACUAUGUUUCGAUAGAUGAGCCUAUCCAUACUUGAUUGAAAGCACAAAAAGAGCACGUCGGCAUUCGACAGAUUGUUUGACAUUUUGUCCCAAGGCCACUCCAUUCCAUCAGCUUAUGAGCCUUAUGUGUUCCAGCUGCCGGGGAUUCCUAGGACGUAAGAUGAUCUGGAUCUAGAACCCCGCGAAGAAGAAAAUCCCACGUGUACUGAGCACCACAACGACACUUGCCAGCCACGAGAGGUGGAUGGUCACUUGAUGACUAUAAUAGAAAUAC